UUGGUCCAGAUCAUCAUUAACACAACCCACCUGGAGCAGGCCUGUAAAUACCUGGAGGACUUCAUCACCAACAUCACCAACGCCUCACCUGAGACCGUGCACACCACGCGGCUCUACGGACUUUCCACCUUUAAGGAUGCACGCCAUGCAGCGGAAGGAGAGAUCUACACCAAACUGAACCAGAAGAUAGAUGAGUUUAUCCAGCUGGCAGACUAUGAUUGGGGCAUGCCGGAGUCGGACGGCCAGGCCAGUGGAUACCUUAUGGACCUCAUCAACUUCCUCCGCAGCACCUUCCAGGUCUUCACACACCUGCCG